GUCUGGGUGAAGCCAGAGACCCGCGCGGCCUCGAUCAGCUGACUCGAUGUAUAAAGAUGGCGGAACCUCUAGUGAAGAACCCCGAUAACAUCUUCCCCCUCACCAUCCCUGACAUAGACAGAGUGUGCAAGCUUUGGGACGACUUUGUUUACUGCGUGAAGGACUACACUGUCAACUAUCUGUCAUCAACACAGCGACAGGAUUUCAACAGCGCCAUUGAAAGCUCCCUUAAGUCUGUCAACCAGCUGUGUGUUGAAGACCCGGAGUACCGCAGAUCCUACCUGGAGAACGCGCCGUGCCUGAAGCGGGUUUCCAUUAACACAACUAUAUGCGGCGGUUACUACAGUUAUUUAGCUGAUCUUGUCCAGGGUAACCAAGCCACUGAUGCCCAAAUGUGCUGUGCCCACCAUAAGUUCCGGGAGUGCCUAUUGGACAAGACGCCUAUGGAGUGUGAUGCUGAUGGUAGGGGAUCCACUUCGCAGUUUAUGAGGUCUAUGUUGGAUCGAGCUCUUGGUUUUCUCCUCCAAAAAUGCAAGAAUUUCGUACCCAACGCCCGCGACUGUCCAAGAGGGAAUUUUGGGGUCCCGACAAGUCCUACUAACACCGACUACAACCACAACAACAACCACAACAACCACAACAAUAACCACAACAACCACAACAACAACAAUUACGGUCACCCUGGUUCUGAUCUCCGUCCUGACAUCACAACCUCCCAGUCUUCACCACCCUCCUCCACCUACCCAACCACACGCUUCACCUGGACAACUGCAGCAACCGGCCCAUCACCACGCCCAACCUCCUCUCCGAAUGUCAAUCUGGCUGGGAACUCUUUAUUCGGAGCUGAGAGCCAACAAUAUCGCGAUUCUGGGAGUAGUGUUGUCCCAGCUCUGACUACACUUAUUCUAGGAUUGGCUGUUGUUUUUAGAUUGUAUUAACGAGUUGGAACCAUUUAGCUGGGGGUCACUUUAUUCAGAGCUGAGACCAUUUAGCUGGGGGGUCACUUUAUUCAGAGCUGAGAGUCAACAAGUGUCGUUAUUCUAGGAGUAGUGUUGUCCUAGCUCUGACUGUACUUGCUCUAGACUAUAAUGAAAGAGCUCGACCAACCUCACAGCAUCUGUUUAAUUUUGCUGGGAACACAGAGCUGAGAGGUAACGGUAUCUCAGCCUCACAAGCAUCUAUCAAGAGUGAAAUUCAAUAGGAUUUUAGACUAGUUUCACCCAUCCUGAUUCCUGCAUUUGUCCUUGUAAUCUCCCAAGGAUUUUGCCAUUAAUCCCUAGAUACAGAUUUAAUCCUAAGAUACAAAUUUAAUCACCAGACAGAUUUAAUCCCACGAUACAGAUUAUGUGGAAUAUAUGGGUCAAUUUUCAUCUAACAUUAUAAUUAAUAUUGGUCAAUUCUAUAGAUAUCUUGUUUCUUAUGUAUUACGACGCUUCCAAAAAUCUGGGUACAGAUUUUGGGCCAUUUGUGAUUAUACAGAUUUUGUUUUUUACAUUGGGAUUUCUGGGUUGGUAUUUUGAUUGACCAGAUUUUUGACGAUUUGAUUUACUAUCCAGAUUUUGGGUUGUUGGAGUCAGUGUUCAGAUUUUGGGCUCAAUAUGCUGAUAGAUUUUGGGCCAUAUACUGCUUGUUGACAUCCAGAUUUUGAGUGGUGUUAACUUUGGGGUUUGGUGUUAGUGGUGCUAGUUUCCAGAUUUUGGCCUGCGAGAGGUAACCAGAUUUUUUAGACCAGAUUUUCUAGUAGUUUUGUCUGAGAUUUUAGCUGCGAGUGCUGACGUUCAGAUUUUGGUCUGUGGUUGUGGAAAAUCGCUUUUUUUUAUUGUAACGAUAGGCUUUCAGAUUUUUGAAUGCCGAUAUUAAGGGUCAGAUUUUGGCUAGAGAUUUAGGAGUUCAGAUUUUUGGCUAUAGACAGUGAUGAUUAGAAUUGGAACUGCCGAUUUUGAAGUUCAGAUUUUGGGUUAGGGAUUUUGACGUUCCGAUUUUUGGCUAGAGAUUUAGAGGGUAAGAUUUUUUCACUACAAUGGAUCAGAGUUUUGGGCUACCGAUUUUGAAAGUUCAGAUUUUGGGCUACAUUACGUUAGCCAAUCAGAUUUAAGGUUGCAGGCUUAGCCAAUCAGAUUUGAGGUAACAGGCUUAACCAAUCAGAUUUUGAGAUAGCCGUGAUUUAGAGAAUUGUUAUUGUCUAACACUUUUGAAAUCUGAGUAAUCUUGACCAUCCAUUAAAAAUCUGAAUGGUUUACAUAAUCCUUUCUAUCGGAUAUCGCUCAAAGCCGAUUUCCUAUCCAAAUCUGAUUGACAUAAGCAUAUAAAUUGUUCAAUUGUAUGUAACCCUGUUUUAAACGCACAAUAUACAUAUAUAUAUAUAUAACUAUAGAUUAAAUCAGUGUUGUGUAUUAGAGACUGAAUUAUAUGGACAAAUAGAUUAUACCAAAGGUUGUAUUACAAGAUUAAAUGCCUAUUAUAGUGUAAAGUGAUUAUUGUAGUGUCAACACCUAACUAUUGUAAUUGUUAAGUACGUAUUGUAGUGUUGACGUGAGUAUUGUAGUGUUAAGUAAUUCUUUGUAGAGUAAACACAUUAAUUAGUACAUUUUGUGUACUGUAGUUGUACUGUUUUGUAAUCACCACAUAAGGACAUCAAUAGACAUUUUAGGACAAUUAUG